CGGUCAUGCAGGAAACAAACAAGUGAUGUUGAGAACACAUCUCCCCUUUAAAAAGCCCUCAAAGCUUGCGACGAUGAGGAGAAAGAGAGUUUAGAGCUAAGGAUAAGAGGCAGAAGCAUGUCUUCUAGGGGGCGAAAGAAAGCAGCUCUAUAUGAAAAGUUGCAACUACUUCGUUCUGUUACCAACUCUAGUGCUCACAGCAAAACCUCAAUUAUAGUGGAUGCAACUAAGUAUAUAGAAGACUUGAAGCAAAAGGUAGAUAGACUGAACCAAGACGUUGCGACUUCACAAUUUUCCGCAGACCAGAAUCCAUUACCUGUGGUUAAAGUGGAAACCCUAGAAAGGGGCUUUCUAAUUAAUGUGUUCUCAGAAAGAAAUUGCCCAGGUCUGCUAGUCUCAAUACUGGAAACCUUUGAGGAGCUGGGGCUUAAUGUGCUCGACGCUAGGGUUUCUUGUUCAGAUAGUUUUCAUCUUGAAGCAGUUGGAGGAGAAAAUGAAGGACAACAGGAUAGCAUAGAUGCUCAAGUGGUGAAACAAGCAGUGCUGCAAGCUAUCAAGAACUGGAGUGAAAGCAGUGAGCAAGAAUAGCCCACCAUCUUAUUUUUCUUGCCUUUGAUUUCUUCUUUCUUUCGUCUUUCCCUGAUCUUUUGUAGUAGUGUAUCAAAUUAAUUAUCCAAUGAAGGAGAGUCUUAAAUUCUAUUUAAAAA